UUGUGUUAGCAGCCUAAACAAAAUCUCAAAAAGUCUAUAAAGAACUAUUUGUUAGUUCAGUCUAAUUUUAACUAAAUUCUAUCAAAAUUUUGCAAGUUUAUUGAAAUUAUGGAAUAUAAUGAAAACGAUUGUUGCGGAAACGGUUGUGCAAACUGCAUUUUAAAUGUGAAACCUAAGAUCAUUGUAAAAUUGAACGAUAAUGGCAAAACCAACGUACUUAGAAAUUAUAGAUAUUAUCGUCUGUUAAGCAAGAAGAAACAUAUAUCGGACGUCAGCGAUAUUUUAGAGUUACACUUCAAAUCCAAAGAGAGUGAGAAUGAUUGUACCUUAACAUUAACCCCUGGUGAUCAUGUUAUGAUGCGGGUUGAAUUUAUAUCAAAGCAACAAGCAAACGAUACAACCGAGCACAAACAUCAUUUACGACCGUAUUCACCAUAUUGGUGGAAUAGCGUAAAAAUGGAAUUUAAAAUUUUAGUUAGUGUAAGACCGCAAGGAUAUAUGACGCAAUAUAUUGAACGUUUGCAAGAGCGAGACGAAGUAGAAUUCCGUGGUUUCUCUGGCUUAUAUGAACAUGGUUGCGAUUUCGAAGGGAAAACUUAUCAAAUGAUAAUUAGUCAAGGUAUAGCAAUAGCUCCAACUUUAGCCAUCAUUGAGGAAAUAUUGAACAAUGAAGAGGACAUGACACGUAUUGUACACGUAGCCUGCUUUCAGCAUGUGCGUCAUAUAUAUUUUCGUAAUAAAUUAAAGGAUUUAAAUCAUUAUUGGAACUAUAAGUGUUUUAUAUAUUUAUCAAAACAAUUAUGUGAAAGUACUGACUGCAAGCAGAUGGGCCAUUGUCUGGACAGAUGUUUAAAUUUUCGUAAGCAAUUAACUUACAAGGAAAACAUUUAUCCUUAUCGGUUAACAGUUCAAAGCCUAAAGCAAAUAGAAUCGAAGACAAUGGAAAAGAAACAUUAUAACAGAAUUGCUGUUAUAGCGGGUGGUAGUGAAUUCCAAAAAUUUUAUAAAGAAAUUUUAACCAGCGAGGAUUUGGGUUCAUAACAACGCAGCGCAUCAAUGUAAUACUGUAACUGUUUCGUGGGUUGUCAUUGUUUCUGCUUGUGAUUGCAAUGACCGGUACACA